AGGAGCUUUGCCCUGUACAAGUAGAAAGAGUAAACACAAACUUUUCCUUCAUGGCUCUGAUAACAUCACAGACAAAAAACCCAAUUUUCCAUCGCUUAACCACCUUUCACCGUGCAAUUCCACGGUUGGAUAGGUCCGUAGUUGGUCUUGGGUCCUUCUCUCAAAAUGCCAAGGCCAUUAAAGUUGGUAACUUUAACUCAAAGUCAAGCAAACUUUCCCUGAAAAACAACCCCUUUACCUAUAAUCUAACACUGUUAGCCAAAGCCAAUGCAGCAAUUGGAGAAACAUUGGAACCAGAACAGGGGACUCUGAAGCAUAGAAGGAUUUUGUUAUCGGACGUGGAAGUGAAGAGAGAAAGGAGAGUGUUCUUUGGUAGGAAAUGGAACUCAUUGGAUGUUGCCACUGCUGGUAUUGUUUUGGCAAUGCAUGUGCUUAGCCUCUUUGCGCCAUUCCAAUUCAAUUGGCCAGCUUUUUGGGUGGCAGUGGCACUAUAUGUUGUGACUGGACUUUUUGGUAUCACACUAUCUUUUCAUAGGAAUCUUUCUCAUAGGAGUUUUAAGGUUCCCAAAUGGCUUGAAUAUUUCUUUGCCUAUUGUGGGGUUCUGGCUCUUCAGGGGAAUCCAAUUGAUUGGGUGAGCACACAUAGGUACCACCACCAGUUCUGUGAUUCUGAGAGAGACCCACAUAGCCCUACUGAAGGAUUCUGGUUCAGUCAUAUGAGUUGGCUCUUUGAUACCAAUUCUGUGAUAGAAAGGUGCGGAGAGCCAAACAACGUUGGUGAUUUAGAGAAACAAUUCUUUUAUAGAUUUCUCCGAAGUAGUUACAUUGUUCAUCCACUUGCUUUGGGAGCCCUUGUAUAUGCCAUAGGAGGAUUUCCUUUCCUUGUUUGGGGAAUGGGUGUGAGGAUUGUUUGGGUAUACCACAUCACUUGGCUAGUCAAUUCAGCUUGCCAUGUAUGGGGGAAGCAGGCCUGGAACACUAGGGACUUAUCAAGAAAUAAUUGGUGGGUGGCGUUGCUUGCAUUUGGUGAGGGUUGGCACAAUAACCACCACGCUUUUGAGCACUCAGCUCGACAUGGCCUACAGUGGUGGCAACUAGACAUGACUUGGUACGUUGUGAGAUUUCUACAAGCUAUUGGGUUGGCCACUGACGUGAAGGUACCCACUGAGAAUCAGAAGCAAAAAAUGGCAUUCAAGAACGAUAGAUUGGCCACAUGAAACACAAUUUCUUAAUAAAAAUGAAAAAUAAGGAUUUGAGAGGUGUUUGUUGAUGGCAAAAGGAUUUUGGU